UCUUAAUCACAUUAGGUAAUCCUAGUUCCCUCUUAACGAACUUACCUUAUACCUUAAUCCCCUCUUAAAAUCCAUCUUCAUGUUAUCUAAAUUUGGACUCGGCUCACGGAUAGUCUUGUCUAGACAUUCAUUCCAAUACUACUGGGCUCUAUCUCGGUUCCUACCCGCGUCUUCGACAAAUCGAAGUUAUAGUCAACUCUUAGAUAUUGCCAACUCAGACUCCCGCAAACAGACCGAGAAGCACAGUUCCCGUGUCGAGUCAAUUGUAGGCGAUAUCGACUUAGAUUUGUUUCGUAGAAUCGCAUGGGUUCCUGAAACUCCGUUGCUUCUUCGAAACUUCCAUAAUUUACCUGCCAUACAAGAAUGGUUCCAGCACGGCACUGAAGGUUCUCAUACCAGCUUCUCACAGUACAUGCGACCCUAUGAAGAUCUUAUCCUACCAUAUGAGUUCACCGUUCCUCAUCCUUCUCCCGAAGGGGACGGCUCAGACGGCAAUGCCUUGGCAUAUUUUCAAACAUGGCUUCUUGAGUCCAAUAAAUAUAAGAAGUCGCAUUUACCAGUGAUCAUUGAGGCUAUGAUUAAAUCGUCAAGUGAUGACGGCCCUUUUGGAAUUUCCUCAAAUUUCCAGCAAUUCAAUGCACCCCUAAGUUUGAUUAUGAGCGCAUCUCAGUUCAAUGACACUCAAAGUGAACCCUCCAAGCGCAUCACGAAUCUCUAUGUUACUCAAUCCAACCUGAACGAUCUACCUAAACCCCUUUUUCAGGACUUACCUGUGCCUGAUAUUGUCAAAUAUGCCGGCAAGGGAGAUAUAUAUAGUUCGAGCAUCUGGCUUGGAUUACAGCCCACUUAUACCCCUUUACACCGAGAUCCGAACCCUAAUUUAUUCUGCCAGCUGGUAAGCUCAAAAAGAAUACGUAUUAUAGCUCCAGAACAAGGCGAUGACAUAUAUGCUCGCGUCCGCAGAGUGCUUGGCUCGUCGGGUAACUCGCGAUUCAGGGGCGCGGAAAUGAUGGAGGGCCGCGAACGCGAAUUACUUCAUCAUGCAGUUUGGGAUGAAGAUAUGAUAGAUGAGGUAUCCCUAAACCCCGGCGAUAGCCUAUUCAUCCCCAAGGGGUGGUGGCAUAGCGUUGCUAGUAGUGGCAAGAAGGGUGAGCUGAAUACUUCAGUCAACUGGUGGUACAGAUAAUUACUACAUUUUCUACACUCCAAAACUGAAUAAAAGAAAAGUUUAAUAAG